AUGCGGCGGAAGGGAAAAGGGGCCGGGCCGGGCCGGGCCAGGCCGGGCGCUUUAUUCGGUGUCUGGCGGGGCUGGUUUUUUUGGGUGUACUGUAAAUCCGCCCUAAAGGGCCCGCCAGGCCACCGGGACGCACGCAGCGCGACUCCUCCCCUCACUCCCCAUCUCCUCGGGCUGAACGCCUCUCGCCGCCGGCGAUUGGAGCAGCGCCAGCGCCUCCUUCCGGCGCCCGCGGGAGCCUUCUGUGGACAUGGGGACGCCCAGCUCAUCACCGGCCAGAACAACUGCGCCCCGGACGGGGCGUCCUCCUCCAACCCAUUCGGCGCCCUCGCCAACACCCUCCUCGGCCAGUCCAACAAAGCGGAGUCACUAAAGGGACUUCCUGGAGCCUCAGUUAAUGUUCCAACUACGUCUGAUUAUAGCGCAGCUCCACUGUCUACUCUCCCUGGCUCUGAGAAUGAGUUCAAGCAAGAGCAACGGCCAUUUGCACGGGGUGCCGACUUCAUUCGUGGGGGUCCUGCUAAUGAUUGGGUUGAAUCUUUUCGCCCUCCAGGGCAUUCUGCAUUUGGAGGGCCAGAAGCAAACUUUGCAGAAUUUGAGCAAAUUUAUAACAAUGCAGGCCCUACCUUGGGACCGGCCUUGGAUGGUCCACCGCAAAGGGUCUUAUCUGGUGUUCUGCAUUCUUUUCUUUCAAGUGGCCGAGCUGGUGUGCCAUUUCAACCUGUCCCAGUACCAGCUCUUGGUUUGUCCGAAGCUGACAAGCAAUGUAUACGUGAUCGCAGCUUCAUAAUGGCACAUCAUAUUUUGGCCGAUCAACCUGAAGAAUAUAUACAAGCACAGGUAAAUACAUUGCUGCAUUCUCUUGAUAUUGACAAUAGUGAUCGAAUGAAAAAUGCCCUGCAUGGGCCGUACCCAGAGAUGGAGGAGUACUGGAAUCAAUCCCAAUGUGCUUUGAGAUCUGGCCCAAUGCACAAUGCUGUAAAUAAUUGGAUUACUGAGUUCGGCAUGCAAAAUAAUAACCCUGAGGGUUGGAUCACUGAGUUUGGCAAGCAAAAUAAUAACCCUGAGGGUUGGGCGCACUCUUUUGAGCAGCAAUAUGGUCCCAAUCGAUGGGCCUCUGAAUUUGAACAGCAUCAGUCUCAGAUGGCCAUGGGUCAGAUGGGAGGAGCGAACAUGGCGAAUCUCGCAGCUAUGCAGCAAUCCUGUAUGAUUGCAGAAACAUUAUCAAGUAAUAAUGACCCAAAGUUCCAGAUGAGCCGUGGUGAACUUAUUAUAGAAGAUAACCAAGUAAAACAAGGUUCCGCAUCUCAAUCCAGUGGCUCGGCUGAUGAAUUUCAAACACAGCAUAAUGCUAAUGCUAAUUCUUGGGCAGAUCAGUUUGUGCAUGGAGAGCUUUCACAAGGGUCCGAUAGUUGGGUUAGUAGUGAGUUCUCUAGUGAACAGAAUCAGGGUGGGCUCAAAGAGAAGUGGGUCGAUGAGUUCUCCAAAUUGAAUGUGGAUGAUUGGGCAGAGGAGUUCAGUGGAGGAGCUUUUGGUGAGAGCUCUGCUGAUCCAUGGGCAGAUGAGAAGAGCAGGAGCUCUUUCGGAAGGGCCUCUUAGGUGAAGCUGCUCUUCCUCUGGAGGCUGAAGUUUUAAAGAACCCUGAUAAUGCUGAAGGUUCGAGGUUGCUUGGAGUAACACAUGCCGAAAAUGAUGAUGACCAGCAGUGGGAGCAGAAACAAAUACAGAUACCCGAAUACGGUAUGGACGUGUACACUCUCGCUGGAGGAAGAAGAACCCUUAAACUAUGCAGGCAUGGCGCAUCGGUGUCAGAAAGGUUUACCGGCAUAGAAGGGUGGAAAGUGGCGGUGGAAAAUUUGAAAUAUCCGAUAGUCAUAUUCAAGAAAACCAUAUAUUGCAAGUCAACAUUGGCAUCCGAACUAAAAUGAAAAUGGGGCAUUGACGUCAACGGAGGAGGGCAGUGAGCCCGCGACAGACGAUGGUGGUGGAGGCGCUCUGGUUGCCAUCCCACCGCAGCAAGGAUGGACGGGUGGCAGUGUGUGGGCUCGGGAUGAUUGGAUGGCCCCACGGCGGCGUGCUCGCCUGCUCUGCCCUUUGUCAAUUAGGGACAGAGGAUUAGGUUAAGGCCAUUGCUGCAAUGCUGCAUGCCCAGGAGGCCAAUCCUACCAACUUGGAAGUUCUUCUUGCUCUUGGUGUCAGUCACACAAACGAGUUGGAACAGGAGAAGCAUUAAGAUAUCUUUCGAGGUGGCUCCAGAUUCCAGAAUCAUCCAAAGUACGGAGGUCUCGCCCCUCCCCACCAAACUGAUUCACCAUAUGGUCCAGAUAUUGUUUAAUGAAGCUGCUCAGAUGUCGCCUGAGGAUGCUGAUGUCCACAUAGUUCUAGGUGUCUUGUACAACUUAUCAAGAUAAUAAGAUAAAGCUAUAGCUUCAUUUAAGACGGCACUACAGCUGAAACCACAAGACUAUUCUCUCUGGAACAAGCUCGGUGCGACCCAAGCAAACAGCAUCCAGAAUGCUGAUGCCGUACUGGCAUACCAGCAGGCUCUAGAUUUGAAGCCCAACUACGUCCGUGCAUGGGCUAAUAUGAGAAAUAGCUAUGCUAAACCAGAUUCCAUUCGGUACUAUGUAAGGGCGGUUUGCAUGAAUCCAAAAGAGGACAAUGCCUGACAGUACUUGAGAAUCUCACUUGGUAACGCUUCAUGCACUGAUAUGAUGUGAGCAGAUUUUAAGAUUUGGAAAAAAGAUAAAGAAAGAUGCCACCUAAUUUGAUGGCUCUCUUUCACUUGUGUUGGUUUCUAUUUGUUGUGUUAACAGUAAUGGCCUCCUGACUUGUAGCUGGGUAAUGUUGAUGACUUAUAUGCAGAGAGGUGUUAGGAAUUGUUGUUAUAAACUAAAAUAAUGCAGAGUUGAGGGUUCUGAACUAAUAGUUUGCCUUGAACAUUCUACUUUUCUCA